AUGAAGUGGGUCCCCCUGCUGCAGCUCGCGCUGAUCCUCGCCCUGCCAGGAGCCCUGGCGGGCAAGGGGUGUGCAUCUCCUCCCUGUGAGUGCCACCAGGAGGAAGACUUCAGAGUCACCUGCAAGGACCUCCACCGCAUCCCCAGCCUACCGCCCAGCACGCAGACUCUGAAAUUUAUAGAAACUCAUCUGAAAACCAUCCCCAGCUGUGCAUUCUCAGAUCUUCUCAAUAUUUCCAGGAUCUACUUAUCAAUAGAUGCAACUCUGCAGCGACUGGAAUCACAUUCCUUCUACAAUCUGAGUAAAAUCACACACAUAGAGAUUCGGAAUGCCAGAAGCUUAACUUAUAUAGAUGCUGGUGCUUUCAAAGAACUACCCCUUCUAAAGUUCCUUGGCAUUUUCAACACUGGACUUACAAAAUUCCCUGACCUGACCAACGUUUAUUCCACUGAUAUAUUCUUUAUACUUGAAAUUACAGAUAAUCCUUACAUGACUUCAAUCCCUGCUAAUGCUUUGCGGGGACUCUGCAAUGAAACCUUAACUCUGAAGCUGUACAACAAUGGCUUUACUUCUAUCCAAGGAUAUGCUUUCAAUGGAACAAGGUUGGAUGCUGUUUACCUGAACAAGAAUAAAUACCUGACAGAUAUUCAUAAAGAUGCAUUUGGAGGUGUCUACAAUGGACCAACAUUGCUGGAUGUGUCUCAUACCAGUAUUACUGCCUUGCCAGCCAAAGGCUUGGAGCACCUAAAGGAACUGGUAGCAAGAAGCACCUGGACUCUAAAGAAACUUCCACUUUCCCUGAGUUUCCUUCACCUCACACGGGCUGAUCUUUCUUAUCCAAGCCAUUGCUGUGCUUUUAAGAAUCAAAAGAAAAUCAGAGGAAUUCUUGAGUCUUUAAUGUGUAAUGAGAGCAAUAUUCGAAGCCUACGUCAGAAAAAAUCUGUGAAUGCCUUCAAUGUUCCCUUCUAUCAGGAAUAUGAAGACAAUACAGGGGACAAAAGGAAUUUUAAGCUCCAGAACACCCAAAGCAACUCUCAUUAUUAUGUCUUCUUAGAAGAACAAGAAGAUGAGAUGAUGGGUUUUGGCCAAGAGCUCAAAAAUCCCCAGGAAGAGACUUUGCAGGCUUUUGACAGCCACUAUGACUACACUGUUUGUGGGGGCAAUGAAGACAUGCUAUGUACACCCAAGUCAGAUGAGUUCAACCCCUGUGAAGACAUAAUGGGUUACAAGGUCCUGAGAAUUGUGGUAUGGUUUGUUAGUCUGUUGGCUCUCCUGGGCAAUAUCUUUGUCCUGAUCAUCCUCCUAACUAGUCACUACAAACUGACUGUCCCACGUUUUCUCAUGUGCAACUUGGCCUUCGCAGAUUUCUGCAUGGGACUCUAUUUGCUCCUCAUUGCCUCAGUAGACCUCUAUACUCAUUCUGAGUACUACAACCACGCCAUUGACUGGCAGACAGGCCCAGGGUGCAACACAGCUGGUUUCUUUACAGUCUUUGCCAGUGAGCUUUCGGUCUAUACACUGACAGUAAUCACCCUAGAGCGCUGGUAUGCCAUCACCUUUGCCAUGCGUCUGGACCGGAAGAUCCGCCUCAGGCAUGCAUACAUCAUCAUGAUUGGGGGCUGGAUUGGCUGCUUCCUGCUGGCUGUGCUGCCAUUAAUGGGAAUAAGCAGCUAUUCCAAGGUCAGUAUAUGCCUACCCAUGGACACUGAGACUCCAGUAGCCCUGGCAUAUAUUAUCUUUGUUCUGUUGCUCAACAUAGUCGCUUUUGUCAUUGUAUGUUUUUGUUAUGUGAAGAUCUACAUCACAGUUAGAAAUCCCCAAUACAAUCCAGGGGAUAAAGACACCAAGAUUGCCAAAAGGAUGGCUAUAUUGAUCUUCACUAACUUUAUGUGCAUGGCCCCAAUCUCAUUCUAUGCUCUGUCAGCAUUGAUGAACAAACCUCUCAUCACCGUUACCAACUCCAAAAUCUUACUGGUUCUCUUCUAUCCUCUUAACUCCUGUGCAAAUCCAUUCCUCUACGCCAUUUUCACCAGGGCCUUCCAGAGGGAUUUAUUCAUUCUGCUCAGCAAGUUUGGCAUUUGUAAGCGCCAGGCUCAGGCAUACCGGGGCCAGAGAGUUUCUCCCAAGAACAGCACUGCUAUUCAUCUUCAAAAAGUGAACCAAGACAUGAGGCAAAGUCUCCCCAACAAGCAGGAUGAAUAUGAACUUCUUGGAAACUCUCAUCUAACUCCAAAUAAGCAGGAUCAAAAUUCAAAGGAAUAUAAGCAAACUGUUUUGUAA